AUGUGCUGCUAUGGUGGAUAUUAUGGAGGCUUGGGCUAUGGCUACGGUGGCUUAGGUUGUGGAUAUGGCUGUGGCUAUGGCUGUGGCUAUGGCUGUGGCUAUGGCUGUGGCUAUGGCUGUGGCUAUGGCUGUGGCUAUGGCUGUGGCUAUGGCUGUGGCUAUGGUGGCUAUGGAAGCUAUGGUUAUGGCUGUUGCCGCCCACUGUGCUGUAGAAGGUACUGGUCCUGUGGCUUCUACUGA